GAACACCAAAGUGUCUGGUAUAUCGAUUGCUGACCUUCUGCCUCGAACGGACAUGUACAUGACCUAUGAAGGGUCACUCACACAUCCGGGCUGUGACGAGACGGUCACGUGGAUGGUCAUCAACAAACCGAUGUACAUCACCAAAUCACACAUAGAACAGUUACGCAUGUUGAAGACAGUGGAAAAGGACAAACCGCCGACAUUCAUGGAGAACAACUGGCGUCCCAUAAUGCCACUCAACCACCGUACCAUUCGGACUAAUAUCAAUCCUGUCAAAGAGGAAGAAGAAUGUAGCACGAAAGCCGAAUUAUUUUACCAAAUUAAUGAUCGAUUCCGUGGCUAUUGGGUCCAUGAUACCUUCCACUGAACUCUUUUUCAUCUAAG